ACUGUUUUCUUCAUUUUUUCUUUUUUUUUCCUUCUUUUGUUUCUAUUUCGUAAAAUAACACGAAAAAGAGAAAGAGAAACCUUUUUUUCGAAACGACACGUUCUCGCUCUAACCGACGUCGGCCCAUAUCGAAGAUGUUCGACCUCUGCGUAUCGUUUCGAUGUACAAAGAGCAAAGCGGAUUACCGAAUGUACCUAAAAUGUCUGCCACCGAUCGAUCUCGCGAACAACUCGGCCGCUCCAUUCAAUCCGGGUAUGAGCUGUUCGGCUGAUCCGAGGCUACUCUUUCAAGACUCUUCCCCGUGGAUCCCGGAAACGGACAAGCCUUACAUGUGCUCGAGCUGCGGCAAAGGUUACACUCACAUAUUCACGCUGAAUCGUCAUCGUCGGACGGUAUGCGGUAAAAUCAGGAAUACCAGCGGCAAAUGGAAGUGUCCUCGUUGCACUAGGUCCUACGUCACCGAAGGCAAUCUCGUUCGCCACGUUCGAUUCGAGUGCGGCGUCAGAAGGAAGUUUUGCUGUAUCUUCUGCAACCGGAAGUUCACGCAACGUUGCAGCCUGAUCAGACAUCUGAGAAAUUUUCACAACGAGAGUUUCGAUAGCGCCAAUAACGCUGUUCCUCAAGAGUAUCAGCCGGUGAACGCGUGCCACGUGGAAGUAAAAAAGUCCGAAGACUCUAGAGUAUGAAGACGCUCCGUCUCGGAAGAGAACGUUUACUAAUCGACCAUUACUUUUAGGGAUAUCGAGUAGAGACUAGAAUCGAAUAUCGUUCCUUUGGCCGAGAAUAUUGCCAAGUGA